GAAGUACAGAGGCUAGCCUCCAGGAGACUCUCCUGGGCUCCCCACAACCCCAGAGAUGCUUUCAGGAAAUGCCAUCAUUUUUCUAACCCUGGUCUGGGGGGCCCGUGAGGGACAGGCUAUCUCCCAGAUUGCAGAAUGUGGUUUUGCCUGUUCAGAGGGUGUGUCUUGCAAGAACAAAGUGAACUGGAAUAUUUUUAACAGUUUCUGCCGGCAGCCACUCCCAUCUGUGACGCCAUCCAUCCUGGAGUCCCUGACACUGUCCACAACCACGAAGUGUGUCCACAGAGGGGCUUGCGCUCUGCAUCUGAGCGUCAGUGCUAGCCUUAUCAUGGAAGAAAGCCUUCGAGGUCUGGAGAUCUGCCUGCUGUCCCUGGACACACAGGAGACAAGGUGUCACAGCACCAGGAUUCCCAAAAUCUCCAGCCGGAAGAUGGUGGGCAGAAUGCUCCAGGUCCACUUUGACUGCUUCGAGGUGAGCGUCGCUCAGCACCUCUACGUCACCCUGAAGACCAUCCCCUAUUACUGUGAGGUCCAGAUCAGCCGUGAGUACCGCGUGGAAGACUGUACAGAUGCUGAUGUGGGAAGAAACAUCCCAGCCUGCUUUGCUGGGAGACUCAAAUACACUGUUGACCAUGCCCAGAAGACCAUCAAGGUGCACUUUGCAGACAUCCCUAGGAGUCAGGCCUACUACAUCCGGCUAUGUCUCAAGUGGUUUGCUUGUGAAGACUACAGCCCCCCAGUACUGGCACUGAGCACAGUGUUUUGGAAUGAGUGGAUUUCAGCUGACCCCUUGGAACAGGUGAAUGUGGAGCAGCCUGGGAAGGCAGUGGCCCUGAAGUAUUCGCAGCUCCUACCGUGUCUGUGUAUCGAGGGCUGGGCUGCUGUCCCUGAUGCAGUGAGAAUCCAGAUUUGUCCCUUUGAAAAUGACACCAGAAUCCUGUGGGAUUACAUCUUCUACAACCCCUUCACCCAAUCCCUGAGUUGGGAGCCCCCCUGCCCUGUCCAGGGCCAGGUCCACCUCUGUGGGAUGUCAAAGACGGAUGAUCUGUGCUGGGAGCUGAGCCACACAGAACGGACAGUCCCAGGCAACGUGCAUUACUUGCAGGUGGACCCACAGCCCUGGCUUUGUAUGAAGUUCACAACCCUGCAAGGCUCUUGGGUGAGAUGUCCCUUUGCUGACGGAAGCUUUCCAGGCUGGAAGAUGAAGAUUCAUCAGUUACCGGACAAGUUCCGGGCCUCCUUCAUCUCGAGGAUCCCAGCCCGCUUCCAGGUGCAGCUCUGCAACCGGACUGAGCCUUUCCACUGUCACGUGCUUGAGACGAUCUCUGUGGGCUCACAGGGAGAUGCGGAUGCCAUCGGCCACGUUGACAUCCCAGUGGCGGAGGUCUGCUCCCCAGAUAUCUGCAUCCAGGGCUGGAGGACAGAUGUGGAUUACUCAGUUCCUGAACAGAUGUGUGACAUCAGAUGCAGUCCUACAGGAAGAAGCACCGAAGGCCACAUGACUCUCAUCUCACCAUCCACAAUGCCCAGCUUUGAACUUGGCUCCGGGGGAACCGAGCAGGACAAGUCUGAGCCUUCUUCUGGGGUCCUCCAUAGCUUUCCAGACACUGAGUCCCCCUCCAGAGUGCUGGGUCCUCAUCAUGGGAGGGAUGAUUAAGCCCUUCUUGAGCCAAACCCUCAGCUCCCCUGAGUGUUUGAAGGGCUAAAAGGAGAGAGGGAUCACCAUCGUUUUCCUCAGCCUCUGAGAGCUGAGCAGAUGCACAGGAGGAAGCUGCCAAGAGGCGGACUUUGGCUCAGUGUACAAAUCAUCCAUGACCCUCCCCCAACCUUCUGGGCUCCCCCAGACCUAAAUCCGAUGGGGGAGGGCAGGACUCGAGAGCUUGGCAUCAUCUUCCCACUUUGGCUCACUGCCCCACACCUGGAGGGACUCCAGGACAAUUGCACCUCCACUGGGCAGUUGUAUGGAUGUGAAGGAUUGGCUUUAUUCCACCCUGUAAAACAUGAAGAGUUUGCAAUGCAUUCAGAGGAAUCCACAAGCAGAUACAGAAUCACGUAGAGCCCACUGGGUCCUCUGAGAAGGGAAAUGAUCGGUAUUGCCAUUGGGACAGCCCUUGGAUACUCUGAUGGAGCCCCAGCUGGCCACCGAGGUCCUCCACAGCCACCUGCUCCCUCCCACGGAUUGGGACACCCCCCAGUUUGGAUGAGGCUGAGAAACAAACACACGUCAGGGCUACUGAACAAUCAAUCCCCUCCCCACAGGAGGUGCGCUUCCUCAAUCCAUCCCUGGCUUUGCUUCUUAAGUAGGAUGUCCUCAGGAAUUAGGCAGGUGAUCUUUUUCUUUUUCCAUUGAGCAAACCGCCUCGGGAAAUCUGUCUGUCUUGAAGGUUAGAUUAGAGAAUCACAUGGAGAAUCAAAAAGCUCUCCAUUCUCCACAGAGGAGUUAGAUGUUCAUGAACACUGUCUAUCAUCUGUGCUUUGGGACCGUGUGGACAUGCCCCAGCCAUGCGCUUCUGCAUCAGGGUGCUUGGGUAACAGUGUCAGUGUCCGGGUGCUGCCAACUCUUGGACAGGGAAAGCGGGUACUUAUAAUCUUUCUUCUCAGACCAUCUGUAGCAGCAGCCAUGCUCAAUUCCUUGGGUGGGGGGAGGAAACUGGGGGACCACACGGGUGAGGAAAAAGGAGUUCCAUGAGAGACUGGCCUGUCGGUGUACUUUGUGACCAUAAGAGACUCAGCUUCUCUGACAAGAGUCAUCCUUCUCAGUCCUGGCCAGCCAAUCAUCUUGGAGAUAUCCCCCACCUCUGGGAGUCAAUCAGAAAUGCUGUGUCCUCCCCACAAGAUGCCAGUGGUCUUGGCCACACUUUCUAUGGGGAAGUGCUUCAAAUUCCCCCAGAUAAACCCUAAUCAUGACCUCUCUGUUCAACACCUUCUCCCCAAGCUUAGUCAGGGAAAAGCUUCCUAACAAUCAGGGCUGUUCAAAGGUGUAAUGGUUUUGCUAGGAGAUAGUGACCUCCCUGCCAGUAGAGAUAUUUAAGCAGAGAUUCAAUGACCACAAAGACUCCUGUUCAGGUAUGGAUUGGGUUAAAUGACCUCUCAGAUCCCUUCCAGUACCAGUUCUGGGCACUCAAGAGUCCAAACUGCUGCUACUGUUAAUGGCAUUCAGUUGCCAUGUCUGCUGUCUCCCCUGAUUGAUUUGGGGGGGGCACCUCACUCCCACAUGCACUGUCUAGUCCCUCUAUGGUCCCCCCUCCAGGCUUUCUUAUCUGUUCGUGGUUUUGCAAAGGCACUCCAGAAAUCCUGAGGCUUCAAAGGAAAAAUCCCAAGACUGGGAGCCAGAAACAUAGGUUUGAAUCAUGAUUCUCCUAUUUACAACACCGCGCAAGUUUUGGUCCUCUCAGGGCUUCAGUUUCUUCCUCAGUAAAAGGGGGGGCGUCAGGAGGGGAUGAAGUCUCUUCCAGCUGCAGCUCCCAUGGAACCCACCCAGGCUGGGUUCCCAAGCUUGCUCAGUUGAAGUCCAAAUGCUUGGUUCCCUCCAUGGUCUCAUCCACCCAGUUGCCCCUUCCCCCAGUCCCCAAUACAAGGCUUGGCUGCCUCUUUGCAGCCAAAUUUCCAGCAUGGGUCCUGGUUUACCCAUCGCCUGAAGCAUAUGAUCAGCUAAUCAAGUGGUCACAGCUACCUGUUUGGGGCUGAGCCUUCAUCAAGUGAUCUGACUCCUUCAGCAACCUCUGUCUCUGGUCCAUCCCUCUCUUGGACCUAGGAGGAAUAUUUGGGGGAGUGGACAAGUAACUUAUCCAGGGUCAUAGCUAGUGACAAAGUCCAUUACUUCAUCAAUAUAGAUGCCUGAAGACCUUUAGUACUGUUCCUCAGCCCCUCAAAAAAAUACAUGUAUAUGUCUACGUAUAUAUAUGUCUAUGUAUAUAUAAUGUAUAUGUAUACACACA